AUGAUUGUGAAGAGAAGUUAUGGGAGGACACUAAGCUGGCUAUCUAACAGAAGGUUCAUUACAUAUGACAUGGAAGAGGUCAUAGAACACCAAAGACUGCUCAAACCUAGAGAUACCUUUACUGAGGUUCUCAACCGCUUUGAAGACAUCAGUGAUAUCAGUGAAUACGAAUGGCUUGAUCUCCAACACGAAAAUAAAAAUUUCAUUGCUCCAGUGAAGCCGUAUAAAGAGGAUAGUUCAUACAGCGAUUCUAUCCUAACAAGACGGGAUGAUUUCCGCUUAGACAGAGAUACUUACCUAGAAUACAUUCAUACUUCCAGGAAUGGUGAUAUUACAUACAAAACCUACAAGGGCGCCCAAAUUUUGUUCAUUGGACCAGAUUAUCACUCCUUGGCUGGCACUCGGUUGAAGGACCUGUAUAAAACCUUGACUCUUGCCAAACCAAAUGUGCUAUUCGUGCAACAGAAGCCAGAUAGAUUUCUGGAUGAGAUGAAGUACCUCCCCACUAAGACGAAGAAGAAUGAUAUCUUUAUUGAGGAUUACGGCAAGGAACAGAUCAAAGUUGAGUUUGAUAUCGAAACAUACAUUAAUCAACUUGUGAUAGAAGGCCACCAGCUCUUUGCUAGCCACGAAAGCUAUAAUAGAGUUGUCCGUGAUCUCAACAAGGCUGGAAUUUUUGUCCAGAAAAGACUUAAAGACGAGAGUGAAGAGGCAUACCAACUUAGAGUUGAAGAAAUGAAAGAGUAUGGCAUCAUGGACACCAGGGAAAGGAUCAGCGCUGACUCUAUGACAGCUAUUGGUCUUUGGGCUAGCAGUCAUCAAAAACCCAUAAUUUUAGCUGACAUUCCAGAUUAUCUUCACAGGAAAAAUAUUGCUAGAAGCGAAGGAGUGUCUGAAAUGAGGGAGUUGCUAAAAGAAGGGUGCUCUGAUGUAAUUUUGGACCCCAAGAUCUACCCCCAGAAACCAUAUUUUGGAGCAGUCCACAGAUGUCCAGAUAUUAUGUUUCACUACGGAGAUAGAUACAUGGCAUCGUUGUUAAAAUCGGUGAUCAAUAGAAACCCAGAGAUAGGAACAAUAGCAGUUUUGUGUGGGUAUGGGCAGACUAAGUCGAUUCCAACUUAUAUGGACUUCUCAGAAGCGACCUUGUAUGAUAAUUUAAGCGUAUCUGAUACUAAAACCCAUAAAUAUUUUGGGAAAGUAGAUUCUAUCCAUAGCAUGGUGGAGAAGCAAGUAAUUUUGGACCAUUUAUACUUACACAAGAAUGAAUGAGCUCUUGAUUAUAUCCAAGAACAAGAGAAAGCUGGAGAGGUUCCUAAUGGUGUAACCCAGGAGCCUAUCUUCAAGACUCUAAGAUAUCUGAUAAACCAUGAACUGAAGGAAAGUCCUAACCCGGUUGAUUAUGACUACAACUAUUUCAAACAUCUGUAUCUGAUGCUAUUUGCAAAUGAAGUUAAUCAAUUAAGACAAGACUCAUAUGCUGGUGCCAGGAAGCAGCUAGAGAACGAACUCAAGAGAAGAGUCAGAGAUGACCCUGAACUUAUCAGAAGAAUCCAAGUGGCUAAGUCAUAAAGAAAUUCGUAAUAAAACUGGCUCAAUGGUGUCCCUGAGAUUUGGAUGAUUUUGUCUAGAAACAAGCCUUUAAAAAUUUCAAUAAAAUUU